CUCUCCUCUCAAAUGUCCCGGGUCCCAGGCCUGCCUCUGUCCACCUGCUGUCUUAUCCUGAGUGAUGAUCUCACCGGUCUCCGGGGACCCGUGUGCUGGUGGAUCCCAAAUCUCUGCCUCUCGCCCGCCACUCCCGUCCCCAGCUCAGCCCCCCACUCCUCAUUGCUACGCCGCUCACUCUUAACCGUGGGUACUUCUGCCUCCCGGGGGGACGUUUGGCAGUGCCUGGAGAUGCUUGUGGUUGUCACGACAGGGGUCGGGGGUGCUCCGGGUCAUGCUGAACAUCCCGCAGUGCACAGGACAGCCCCACAGCGAACAGUCAUCCAGCCCCAAAAGCCAGCAGUGCAAAGGCUGAAGAGCCCUGGGCGUCUCCUGGCUGGCAGUGUCCCCGUCUCCUCUGCCUCCCAAGCAAGGCCUGCUCACGUUGUGCCCCUCACACUGGGGCAUCUAAACAGACGCCUGGGGCUCAGGACACGGUGCUGCCCACAGCCUGCACACGGCCUGGGCUCCUGGAACGACGAGCCUCUGGUCACGCCCUGGACGGGCCAAGUGGUGUGUGACUCUGUGCCUCUGCGCACUCCAUCUCCGGGCCCAGGUGCCCUCCUCUGCCCCCCUCUCACCCGACAAGGUCCAACUAAUCUCGAAGGCCCAGUGAAGUCGCCGCUUCCUCAGUGGAGCCUUCCUCACCUGACCCGGACGGGCAUUCUGUCCGUCUUCCUAACCGCCACAGCCCCACCUCUCCUCAUCCUUUUUGAUAGUUGCAUAAUAUUUCAUUAUAUGAAUCAUGACCGCUUCAGGCAGGAGCCGCCCAAUGAGACUACUUUAUGUUAG